UUUCCACAUGACCCCAUGACCAAAUAUAAAAACUCAGAGUUCAGUCAGCCGAACAGGCAGAGGACAACAACGCAGAAGAAAGGACCAGAAACAAGCGCUUACAGGAGGAUCAUGCAUCUUGACAUCCUUUUCGGUUUUCUGCUUUUGGCUGUGCUGAGCAGCUCAUGCGUUGAUGCUCAAGUGAAAUUUGGGCCCCUCUGCAGUGGAAACUCAAGUAACCAGAAAAGAGGAUGUGAUAAAAAGUACGGCUGUGGAAACUUUGGAGCCAGUCGUGGGCAACGUAAACACAUGGGUCUGGACAUUGUGUGUACUGAUGGAGCUACAGUUUAUGCUCCAUUUGAUGUGAAGAUAAACGGCAGAGCUAAACCAUAUGGAAAUAACAAUGCCAUUGAUGAUGGGAUUAGCUUGAGUGGAGGAGGUCUCUGCUUCAAGCUCUUCUACGUUAAGCCAGAUCGUUUGUCCGGGACCCUGAAGAACGGGGAUAAGAUCGGAAGUCUUCUGCCCAUGCAAAAAGUUUAUCCUGGCAUCACUUCCCAUGUUCAUGUUCAAAUGUGUGACAAAUCAGAUCCAACAAAGUACUUCUGAAGAAGCCGAUGACCGUCUGCCACCAUCAAACUUUAUCUUUUGUGCCAUUUAUCAAAUUAAUUUCUUGAAAAUUCUCAAAUGCUUUAUCUAAUGCUUUGCAACAUAACAAUAAAGUCAUUUAAUCUAA